GCCUGCACGCGUGUCGCCGCCCUACCCAGUGUGCCAAAACACCGUGUGUACCAGGGUGGCAUAACCGGUGUGGACGUAGUGAUAGUGAGUGGACCUACCGCCGGCCGUUUGAAGUGCGAGAAACUAGAGGACAGUUGAUCAAUAUCAAAAUGGAUUGAUGUGAUAGAAAUAAACCGAGCAGUGAGUGGUGGAACACGUAGCGAGUAACGGAGUGAACACUAUGGAAAUAUACGUGAUGGUGGGAAUGGCUGUUCUCAUCUAUACUCUCCUGGUAGUUCUGCUCAAGGGCGACUGCUGUAAACCGAACGACAAGUGCGAAUGCGAGGAGUGUAGGGACAUGUCUCAAUCGAGUAAUCAGGCGUUCACCCCCACGGUCUUAUCGGUUUCGUCUCGAGUCGACAUUAUCGAUCGCUCUUAAACGAGUAAACGUUCUUAACUCUUCAAUCUAAUAGUAUGCUAAGUUUAGUGAACUAGUGCCAAAAGUAUUGAGAUCAAGCUUAACUGACUUCGCUAGUGUAUAGGUGUGAGUGUACUGUUAAAAGUAAGUGCUUAUCGUGAGUGAGUGAUGGUGGGGAGGUCGUUAUGGACCCCCUAGCCCGCCUGAUGGAAGGCGCGCCGCUGCCGAGCGUGCUCGGCGCUACCAGGGACACACGGCCGCGAGGAGCUCUGGUGCAUGCCAGCCUGGCUGCGGCGCCGCAUCUCGGAGACAAAAAGGGCAGACACCUGACAGGCACCUUCUGUCUCACAGGAGACACCAUGGAGGGCAUCAUACAAUGUCUCGUCUUUCUAAAAGCUUUUUCGCUGGUUGGUGGCGAGUUCGACAUGGAGCUCAACUUUGUGAUCCAGGACGCGCAGAACAUACAACACAUGCUAGAACUCCUCGACCACUGUCCACCCAGCUUACAGGCUGAAAUAUGGUCGGUGUUCAUCGCGAUCCUGCGCAAGAGCGUGAGGAACCUCCAGGCGUGCACGGACGUGGGCCUCAUCCACCACGUGCUGCAGCGUCUGCCGCAUGCUGAAACUGUUGUUGCCGAUCUCCUCAUAGAAAUGCUGGGUGUGUUAGCCAGCUACAGUGUCACAGUCAAGGAGCUCAAACAACUGUUCAUUGCGAUGAAAGCAGUGAAUGGAAAAUGGCCACGACAUUCGGCUAAACUCCUAAACGUACUGCGCCAAAUGCCACACCGCAAUGGGCCAGAUGUGUUCUUCAGCUUCCCAGGCAGGAAAGGAUCGGCGAUAGUGCUGCCCCCGCUGGCGAGGUGGCCCUACGAGAACGGGUUCACAUUCACCACGUGGUUCAGGCUGGACCCCAUCAACUCGGUCAACAUCGAGAGAGAAAAGCCAUAUUUGUAUUGUUUCAAGACGAGUAAAGGCGUGGGCUACACGGCACACUUCGUGGGAAACUGCCUCGUGCUCACCUCCAUGAAGGUGCGAGGGAAGGGGUUCCAGCACUGCGUCAAGUACGAGUUCCAACCGAGACGGUGGUACGCGAUAGCGGUGGUGUACAUAUACAACAGAUGGACGAAGAGCGAAAUCAAGUGUCUAGUCAACGGGCAGCUCGCCUCCAGCACUGAAAUGGCCUGGUUCGUCUCCACCAACGAUCCAUUCGACAAAUGCUACAUCGGCGCGAUGGCGGAGUUGGACGAGGAGCGAGUGUUUUGUGGUCAGAUGGCAGCCAUUUACCUGUUUGGGGAAGCCCUCACCACCCACCAGAUAUGUGCCAUGCAUCGCCUAGGUCCCGGAUAUAAGAGUCAAUUUCGUUUUGACAACGAAUGCAACAUCAGUUUGCCGGAGAACCACAAACGGGUGAGCGAGACGCCCGCUCUCAAGCUUGAUCCCGAGUCCCUUCCCGAAAUCCCGAACGUUCCCAAACCUGAAUCCGAUCCCGAGCCCGCUUCCAGUGAAGAUACUAGGGCAGCAGAGAGCGAGGCAGCUUGCGUUGUAGUUAAGGAGGACGCUACGCCUAAAGGACGUCGCUUGGCGGACGAGGCGCGCGAAGUGGCGGCUGCGCAUGCGUCGCUGCUCGUAGAUAUUGAAGCAUGCAAGCGUGUGCUCUACGACGGUAAACUGUCGUCCGCCAUUGUAUUCAUGUACAACCCGGUGGCGACAGAUGGCCAGCUGUGUUUGCAGUCGGCGCCCAAAGGCAACGUGUCGUAUUUCGUGCACACGCCCCACGCGCUAAUGCUACAGGAGGUGAAAGCGGUGGUGACGCAUUCCAUCCACAGCGCGCUGAACUCCAUCGGCGGGGUGCAGGUUCUGUUCCCCUUGUUCGCGCAGCUCGACCUGCCGCACGAUGCCCCGGCGUCAGACCCCAAACGAGACCCCAUGUUAUGUUCAAAACUUCUUGGCUUCGUCUGCUCUUUGGUGGAGUCGUGUAGCACGGUACAACAACACAUGCUGCAGUGCCGUGGUUUCCUGGUAAUAUCGCACAUGCUGCAGCGGUGCGGCCGCGAUCACCUCACCCCGGACACGCUGGCCUCCUUCCUGCAUUUGACCAAACAUCUAGUCACUUGCUGCUCUCCUAAUUCGGAUCUACUGUUGAAACAACUGCUGGACCAUAUCCUGUUCAACCCGUCCCUGUGGAUCCACACGCCGGCGGCGGUUCAGGCUCGACUGUACUGCUACCUGGCGACUGACUUCCUGGCCGAUGCCCACAUAUACGGCAGUGUGAGACGCGUCAGCACGGUGCUGCAGACCGUCCAUACCCUGAAGUAUUAUUAUUGGGUCGUCAAUCCAAGGACGAAGAGUGGCAUCACGCCGAAGGGUUUGGACGGCCCCAGACCGGCGCACAAGGACAUCUUGACGAUCCGAGCCUACAUUCUGCUGUUCCUCAAACAGCUGAUAAUGAUCGGCAAUGGAGUGAAGGAAGACGAACUACAGUCCAUACUCAACUACCUUACCACUAUGCACGAGGAUGAAAAUCUUCACGACGUCCUACAAAUGUUGAUUUCGUUAAUGUCUGAACAUCCCAGCUCUAUGGUACCUGCUUUUGAUGCUAAGGGUGGAGUCAGAACAAUUUUUAAGCUGCUGUCGUCCGAAAGUCAAUUAAUAAGGCUACAGGCUCUCAAACUUUUAGGCUUCUUUUUAAGUAGGAGCACUCACAAACGUAAGUACGACGUGAUGUCUCCGCACAACCUGUAUACAUUGCUGGCGACGCGGCUGGGCGGCGGUAACGGUGGUUUGGCGCUGCCGGUGUAUAACGCGCUGUACGAACUUCUCACCGAGCAUGUGGCUCAACAAGUGUUGUAUACGGCGCAUCCUGAACCACAACCCCAUUUUAGACUUGAAAACCCGAUGAUCCUUAAAGUAGUGGCAACCCUAAUAAGACAAUCAAAGCAAACGGAACAGCUAUUGGAAGUGAAGAAGCUAUUCUUAUCCGACAUGACUCUACUGUGCAGUAACAACAGAGAGAACAGACGGACGGUCUUACAGAUGUCUGUUUGGCAGGAGUGGCUAAUAGCAAUGGCGUAUAUUCAUCCCAAGAACGCCGAGGAGCAGAAAAUAUCCGAUAUGGUUUACUCCCUCUUCAGAAUGCUGUUACAUCAUGCUAUCAAACAUGAAUACGGAGGAUGGCGAGUGUGGGUAGAUACUCUAGCAAUUGUUCAUUCCAAGGUUUCAUACGAAGAAUUCAAGCUUCAAUUCGCUCAAAUGUACGAACAUUAUGAGCAGCGGCGUGCGGAUAACAUCACAGACCCGGCUGAGAGGCAACAACGACCGAUCUCGACUAUAUCUGGCUGGGAUCGGCACACGGAUGGGCACGUCAAAACAAAAGUAGUACCUGAUACGGACGAGAGCGUAGAAGAUACAUCAAUACGAAAACAGAACGUGCUCAAUCAUGGAGCGCAAACUGAAAUAGGCAAAGGACUUUCGUUACGAGAAAUCGAAUCGUGUAGGUGUAAAAAUGCAAGUGAGAGUGCAGAGGAAAGUCGGACUACAGUAGUAUAUAGUGAAGUGUGUAAAGUUCAUAGUCCUAAGCGUGAUAGUACCGAAGUGCCCAGCGUAGAAGGUUGUGAUAGUGUUAAUAGUAAUACGGAAGUAGAACAUGCGGUCGACGACGCCGAAGAAAUCGACUGCAGCGAUAAAGUCAUCGAUGUUAACACUGAAUUAGUCGAAUCAAUAAUAGAAACUCAUUAUCUUCAAAGUUCGGAGUCGGGAAUUGAAACGAUUGAAAUGGACUUAGAAAAAGCUGAUAAACCAUUGUCGCGACAGGGCAGCCUCGAUUACAUUCCAGUUAGAGAUAUAGGAGAUAUAUGCGAUAAUGUUAAGGAUGACAACACCGAUAAAAGUGAAGGACUCCCUUCAAGUUUAUCUAUUAGUGAAACUGCUAGUCCCGAGAGAAUAGCUGACGGGCUCAAUAUGGCUCACGAAAGAGAAUCUGAACUUUCAGAUCCGUCCGAAUUAUAUUUAACUCCAAGUGAAGCCACGAGCCCAAGAAGAGUACUAGAUAAGACUGACAUAAACAUUCCUGAUGAAACUACUUUAGAUGAUCCUAAACACAUUGCUAUUAAUAUAGUAAAUGAUGUGUUAACUAUAGCUUUAGAGACUGUGAGAAUUAAAACUGACGACGAUACUGAUUCUGGCGCCAUUUCUGGAGGUCAAACUUCUGAUGGUAAUACUCCUAAUGGCCGAGAAGAUUUAGAAGCAGAUAUGGAAGAAAUAAUGGAUGAGAAGCAAAUAGCUGAAACUAUUGCUAAAGAUAUAGUUUUAGAUAUUAUUUCCAAUGUUGUUCCGGAAAACACAGAAAAAGAAGAAAUUAUAACUGAUGAUAAUGAUAAUAUUCAAAGAGUUUUACCUUCCGAUCAUCCUCACGAAGGUAGCGUGCUGCCUCUUGACGAGGAAUUGAGGAGUGGAAAAGAAAUAGAGGAGAGUGAUAACAUUGAUAUUACGUCUGAAAAUUUAAAGAAUGAAAGUCAUAGAGCAGAAAUUAAUACAGAAUACCAAGAAAUUCCAGAAAUACCGCCUAUUUCAACUAUCAGUGAAAAUAUUUCCUUGGCAAACAAGCAGGAACAAGAGGAGGAGGAAGAAAGGAACCGAGAUGGUGAAAGAGAUAAAAGGAGAGUUAGUUUACCGGGAGACAAUGAGAUGAAACAAGACGCCAGAGGCGAAGGUGUUGCAUCACAGGGGACGAAUACAUCGACAUCGCCAAAGAGACCUAGAAGCGCGUCUACAAGCACACAAGUAGACUCAAAUCAUUUCGAAAGCAAGCGUCCUUCAAAAUGCAAUCGUCCGAUGUUUUCUCCGGGGCCGACGCGACCGCCGUUCCGUAUCCCGGAGUUUCGUUGGUCAUACAUACAUCAGAGAUUGCUCUCAGAUGUCCUAUUCUCAUUGGAAACAGAUAUUCAAGUAUGGAGAAGUCACUCUACGAAGUCGGUGAUAGACUUCGUGAACAGCAGCGAAAACGCGAUAUUCGUGGUCAACACUGUACACCUGAUCAGUCAGCUGGCCGACAACCUGAUCAUCGCCUGUGGGGGAUUGCUGCCGCUACUAGCGUCUGCUACUUCGCCCAAUAAUGAACUAGACGUGAUCGAGCCGACUCAAGGCAUGCCAGUGGAGGUAGCCGUGACGUUCCUUCAACGUCUGGUGUCUAUGGCGGACGUCCUGAUAUUCGCCAGCGCGCUCAAUUUCGCCGAACUCGAAGCUGAGAAGAACAUGUCCAGUGGUGGAAUACUCAGACAGUGUCUACGACUGGUGUGCACGUGCGCCGUCCGCAACUGCCUCGAGUGUAAAGAGCGCCAGCGGUGCCGCGCCCCUCGCAACCGCAACACCGACUCGCCCUCCCCUAAGAGUGUCGUUGCGAGCCUGGCCGAUGCGUCGAGCCCCGUCAAGGAUCCCGAGAGGUUACUUCAAGACAUGGACGUGAAUAGAUUGCGCGCUGUCAUUUAUAGAGACGUGGAGGAAACGAAGCAAGCUCAGUUCCUAUCGCUGGCAAUCGUCUACUUCAUAUCUGUGCUGAUGGUGUCCAAGUAUCGGGACAUACUGGAGCCGCCGGCACACGCGCAGGCUGACUGCAGCCGCCGCCUGCAUCAUGCGCACGAUCAUCAUGGAUCCCGCCCGUUGUUCCCGCAGUGGUCCCACCACGUGUACCCCCAGUUCCUGCCUGGUGGGCAUCCGGCUCACCGCCACACGCACUGCAAACUCGAUUGCGGCCAACACGUUAACAAUAAUACGCACGCGCACGCACGCAUCGCUAGUUACCACCGCGCGCACGCAGAACACAACGGUGACGAUGUGGAGUACGCCAUGAUAGUUGUUGACGAGAACAACUCGACUAUGAACGAGCUAGACUCGCCGUCCAUGAAGGAGGAAAAGGAGGAGAGCGUGGCAAAAAUUGAGACCACCACGGACGAAGUUAAACCGAAUUCGGGGGAAACGCCCAUGGUGGAGGUGUCCCCGGCUACGGAGAACGAGGAACCGCUGUUCAAGUCGAGCCUCCGCGUCAGACAACCGAAGACGAAGCCUCCAAAGCCGAAAACUUUGCCGGAGAUUACGGUGUCGGUUGUUAACCUGAGCGUAGACUCGAUAGAGGAUGCCGGUUCGUUCCACCUCAACUCUACGGAGACGAACAAUGAUCCGGAGACAUCCAGCGAAAUCGCCUUAGAUGAUAACAAGCAACCCGUGAGCAACGACGAGUCGUGGACGGACGUGAACUUGAACGAGGACGGCGAGCGCGGCCCCGCCACCAUCACCGGCCGCACUAGAGACCAUGAGGGGAAUAUACAUGAGGAUAUAGACAAACAAAUUCACAUGAGGAACUCUGAACAUCAUCAUGCGCUACAGCGGAACCAGAAUAGAAACCUGCAGACAGCUCAGCGGCAUUUACAUCCAGACAACGAGACAUUAGCCGGUUUGAGCGCGGGUCUGGCUGUGGGAAGCGCGGAAGGCGCGUCACGAGAGGCGUCCCUCACGCACAAGCUCGAGACAGCUCUGGGACCUGUCUGUCCGCUGCUCAGAGAGAUCAUGCUGGACUUCGCACCCUUCCUAGCCAAGACCCUUGUUGGGAGUCACGGACAGGAGCUGCUUAUGGAAGGCCUCCAAACGUUCAAAACGAGUACCUCAGUGGUAGAGCUGGUGAUGCUGCUAUGCUCGCAGGAAUGGCAGAACUCGCUACAGAAGCACGCGGGUCUGGCGUUCAUAGAGCUCAUCAACGAGGGCCGGCUGCUGUCGCACGCCAUGCGAGACCACAUUGUCCGAGUUGCCAAUGAAGCUGAGUUUAUACUGAAUAGGAUGAGAGCUGACGAUGUACUGAAACAUGCCGAUUUUGAGUGUCUAUGCGCGACCACGAGCGCCGAGCGUGCGGAGGAGGAGCGCACGUGCGAGCGACUGAUCGCUGCGGCGCGGCGCCGCGACCAGGCGUCAGCUGCUAGAUUACUAGACAAGCUGCAACAUGCUGCUGCUGCUAGAGCCGGUGCCGGCGAAAGCGGUGGUCACUGGAAGUUGGACUCGUGGGAGGACGACGCGCGGCGCCGACGGCGUUUGGUGCCAGACGCACGCGCACGACGCGCUGCCGCCGCGCCGCGCCCGCCAGCACACACGCCACCACAUGACGCCAUAUUACAGGCAACAGAGGAGUUGCACGCUCGCAUCGCUCAGGCGGGAGGCGGGGCGCAGCUGCCGUCGCUGCCGCCAGAGCUGCUUGACGACGCUGAGCUGCUACUGGAUGAGCGGGACGCUGAUCAGGAGCUACCGGGUCCCGUGAACAUCAGUACGAAGGCGAAGCUGGUGGCUCCGGGGCUGGUGGCGCCGGGAACCGUUUCGCUGACCUCCACGGAGCUGUACUUCGAGGUGGACGAGGACGACCCCGAGUAUAAGAAGAUUGACCCUGAGGUGUUGAAAUACUGCGAGCACCUGCACGGGAAAUGGUACUUCAGCGAGAUCCGCGCCAUCUUCUCCCGCCGCUACCUGCUGCAGAGCACAGCCAUAGAGAUGUUCCUGGCUAGCAGAACGUCAAUAUUCUUCGCCUUCCCGGACCAGACCACGGUGAAGAAGGUUAUAAAAGCCCUGCCCAGGGUCGGUGUGGGCAUCAAGUACGGCAUCCCGCAGACCAGGCGCGCGUCCAUGAUGUCCCCGCGCCAGCUCAUGCGCAACUCCAACAUGACGCAGAAGUGGCAGCGACGUGAGAUAUCCAACUUCGAGUAUCUCAUGUUCCUCAACACUAUCGCAGGGCGAACGUACAACGACUUGAACCAGUACCCGGUGUUCCCGUGGGUGCUCACCAACUACGAGAGCGAGGAGCUUGACCUCAGCCAGCCCUCCAACUACAGAGAUCUGUCAAAGCCCAUCGGCGCACUCAACCCGAGCCGGCGCGCGUACUUCGAGGAGCGAUACAACACGUGGGAACACGACUCCACUCCGCCCUUCCACUACGGCACACACUACUCCACCGCCGCCUUCGUACUCAACUGGCUAGUGCGCAUUGAGCCAAUGACGACCAUGUUCCUUGCGUUACACGGAGGCAAAUUCGACCAUCCCAAUCGACUAUUCUCUUCUAUCGCGAUGUCUUGGAAGAAUUGCCAACGAGACACUUCUGAUGUCAAGGAACUGAUCCCCGAGCUAUUCUUCCUGCCCGAGAUGCUGGUGAACAGCUCGGGGUUCAAGCUGGGCAUCCCGGAGUCGCCCACGGGUGACGUCAUCCUGCCGCCCUGGGCCUCCUCCGCCGAGGAGUUCGUGCGGAUCAACCGCAUGGCCCUCGAGUCCGAGUUCGUCAGCUGCCAGCUGCACCAGUGGAUCGAUCUCAUCUUCGGCUACAAGCAAAGAGGACCCGAAGCGGUGCGAGCGACAAACGUGUUUUACUACCUGACAUACGAGGGCGGCGUGCGACUUGACCAGAUUACCGAUCCAGUUACGAAAACCGCCAUAGAGGACCAGAUCCGCAGCUUUGGGCAAACUCCGGCGCAGCUACUGAGCGAGCCGCACCCCCCGCGCGCCUCCACCAUGCACCUAGCACCGCUCAUGUUCGCUGCGGCACCGGAUGACGUGUGCCUCAGACUGAAACUGCCCUCCAAUGCGGCCGUCGUUCACGUGUCCGCGAACACGUACCCGCAGCUUGCGAUGCCGGCUGCUGUUACUGUAAGCGCGGCGCGCGCGUUCGCGGCACACAGGUGGGCGGGAGGCGGUUGCGCGCACGCCGCCGCCCGGCACGCAGACCACGCCCCGCCGCACCAUCCCCUCACCAUGGACCCGGUUUGGGCGGCGGGCGGCGCAGCAGCGGCGGCGCGGCGUCAGCUCGGCGACAACUUCUCGCAGCGCGUGCGUGCGCGCAGCAACUGUUUCGUCACCACCGUCGACUCGCGCUUCCUCAUCGCCGCCGGCUUCUGGGACAACAGCUUCCGGGUCUUCUCUACCGAGACAGCCAAGAUAGUGCAGAUAAUAUUCGGUCACUACGGCGUGGUGACGUGCGUGUCGCGGUCGGAGUGCAACAUCACGUCGGACUGCUACAUCGCGUCCGGCUCCGAGGACUGCACCGUGCUGCUGUGGCACUGGUCGGCGCGUCACGGCGGCAUCGUAGGCGAGGGGGAGACGCCGGCGCCGCGCGUGACAUUGACUGGCCACGACACGCCCGUCAACGGCGUGCUAGUCUCCGCAGAGCUCGGCCUCGUCAUCUCGUCGUCUAUCAACGGUCCUGUGCUGAUACACACGACGUUCGGCGAGCUGCUGCGUUCGCUAGCUCCGGCUGCGGGCGCGGCGGGCCCGUCGCAGCUGGCGUUGUCGCGGGAGGGCGUGAUAGUGGUGGCGUACGCGCGCGGACACCUCGCCGCGUUCACGCUCAACGGCCGCAGACUCCGACACGAGACGCAUAAUGAUAAUUUCCAGUGCCUGGUGCUGUCCCGGUGCGGCGAGUACCUGGUGUGCGGCGGCGACGCGGGCGUGGUGGAGGUGUGGCGCGCGGCGACGCUCGCGCCGCUGUACGCGUUCCCGCCCGCCGGCGCGCCCGUAUGCAGCCUCGCGCUAUCGCACGACCAGAGGUUCCUCCUGGCGGGACUGGAGAACGGGUCGUUGGUGGUGUUCCACAUCGACUUCAACAGGUGGCACCACGAGUACCAGCAGCGGUACUGAGGCUUCCGCUGCUGCGGCCGUGACCUGUAGCCGCCCGCGACUGCCGCCAGUCGCCGCGACCCGCCGCAGUGACCCAUGUGUUCUGUAUAUACGAACUGUCAACUUGACUGCGCGUCUAGUGUAGAUGCGGUUAUGAUAUGCGCUUAACCAAAAUUAAUGUUUGUUAAGGAUUUGUUGUGAAAAUUUUAUUUGAAAGCAAUCGGUGCAGUCACGAGAUGCUAAAAUGCUGGGUACCGUACGAAUCUGCGACUUGGACGAAGUCGUGUAGGCCACGCUUAGAGCGUCAAAGUUUGUGACUGUACGAAACUAUUGGUUGUAUAGUAGUAUAAAUUUUACCAUUCUUACAAUUGACCAUACUAUUAUUUAAUUGUUAUUUAAUGAAAUUAUUCCAUUUUGAAUUUAAUUCGAUGUAGGCGACUUAUGUAUUAUUUAAAAUUGUGGACGCGUUUUCAUUUUAAAAAGCGUGCUAGUUCGAGGCAUACGUUUUGUUUGGAGGAGGUGUUAAGAGCUACUGAGUGUUAUCGUAGCUUAUGCCAACAAAUAAUGAUAAAAUACGAUAAAAUAAACUAGAAAUACAUUAGAACAUAUAUUAUAAGUAUUACAUUACAUUCCAUUUUAGGUAUUACACUUAAUAGAAAAAAUUUCUCUAUGAAUUCUAAAACGAUGAUUAUUAUUAUUAUUUACUUACUUAAUUUUAAUUUUAGUGCCAUAAGCAAAACGAUGUACUUAAAUAAUGGUAAAUUUAUUUUGAUCUCCCAAAUGACGUCCAUUUAUUAUGAACUAUGUACUUAUUGAUUUAUAUUCCUAUUUUGUACUUAACGCACCGUGCAAUAUCCUUGUUUUGACCUAAAGUAUCUUAG